AUGGUCCACCUCGCCAGCAUCAAGCACGACGGCCUCGUCGACCAACCCCUCGUCAAGGGUCUCGAGAAACUCGGCAUUGCCGCCGGCAGCGAUGAAGACUCCUUCGCCACUACCGUCUAUGGCUCGCGGUUCGCCGCGGAGGAUAUGCCAAAGCAUGAGAUGCCUGAGAAGGAGAUGCCGAAGGAGGUUGCCUACCGUAUGAUCAAGGAUGAUCUGAGCUUGGAUGGCAACCCCAUGCUGAACUUGGCUUCGUUCGUCACUACGUUCAUGGAAAAAGAAGUCGAAGACCUAAUGACCGAAUCGUUCUCCAAGAACUUCAUCGACUACGAAGAAUACCCCCAAUCAGCCGACAUCCAAAACCGUUGCGUCUCCAUGAUCGGCCGUCUUUUCAACGCCCCGACUGCCUCCGAAACCGAUGCUCCCGUCGGCACAUCGACCGUCGGCUCCUCCGAAGCUAUCAUGCUCGGAGUUCUCGCCAUGAAGAAGCGGUGGCAGAACGCUCGCAAGGCUGCUGGCAAGCCGUGGGAUAAACCUAACAUCGUGAUGAGCUCUGCUGUGCAGGUGUGCUGGGAGAAGGCUGCGCGGUACUUUGAGGUCGAGGAGAAGUACGUGUACUGUACGCAGGACCGGUAUGUGAUUGAUCCCGAAGAGACGGUCAAUCUGGUGGACGAGAAUACGAUUGGUAUCUGUGUUAUUUUGGGCACGACAUAUACGGGCGAGUAUGAGGAUGCGAAGAAGGUCAACGACUUGCUGAUCGAGCGGAACAUUGAUACGGUUAUCCAUAUUGAUGCUGCAUCUGGAGGAUUUGUGGCGCCGUUUGUGGUGCCCGAGUUGGAGUGGGAUUUCAGGCUUGAGAAAGUUGUGUCGAUUAAUACUUCGGGUCACAAAUAUGGCCUUGUCUAUCCAGGUGUUGGAUGGGUCAUCUGGCGUGCGCCCGAAUAUCUCCCUAAGGAGCUCGUCUUCAACAUCAAUUACCUUGGUGCAGAUCAAGCCUCGUUCACCCUGAACUUUUCGAAAGGUGCCUCCCAAGUAAUCGGCCAAUACUACCAGCUGAUCCGCCUCGGCAAGCGUGGCUACCGCUCCAUCAUGUCCAAUCUGACCCGCACUGCCGACUACCUCUCCGACAGCCUCUCCCAACUAGGUUUCAUCAUCAUGUCCCAAAAGAACGGCCAAGGUCUCCCCCUCGUCGCCUUCCGUCUCGACCCCAAAGCAGGUAAGCACUACGACGAGUUCGCUCUCGCUCACCAACUACGUGGCCGCUCCUGGGUCGUCCCGGCUUACACCAUGGCGCCCAACACCAAGGAUCUCAAGAUGCUGCGUGUGGUGGUUCGCGAGGACUUCAGCAAGAGUAGGUGUGACCAGCUGCUGGCGGAUAUCAAACUGUGCAUUGGCGUCCUGGAUGACAUGGACAAGAACGAGGUGGUGCGUUCCGAGAAGUAUAUCAAGGAGCAUCAGAGCCACAGUGGGCGCUCGGGACAUAACCACGAGGCGUAUAGGAAGGAGAAGCAUAGUCUGCAGGGCAAAACGGGGAAGACGCAUGCGAUUUGCUAA